CUAUCCUCGCUUGGGUCACACGUGGGGUUCGUAUAAAAGCAACCAAAUCCAACCGUUAGCAGCAUCAGUCUAGUAUCAGCAGCAGCCGAGUUCAUUUCAGCCCAAACAGCUCCAUCAACUGAGGCUCGUCCUUUUCAACCAUCAACGCAAUCAACCACCGAUCAACAAUGGCCUUCAAGUUCAUCAUUCUCGCAGCCCUCGUUGCGGCCGUCAGUGCCGGUGGCCCAGCCGCCUACUCGAUCGCGGCUCCGAGUGCCGAUUUCCAUUCGGUAGGAGCAUCGCACGAGCAUACCGUCAAGGGACUGUAUGGCCAGAACGUGCUGUCGCAGUACUCCAAGGCGGUCGAUUCGGCGCACUCGUCUGUCCGAGUACACAGCUCGCGGCUCAGCAACGACGGAUACGCACUUGCGGCUCCGGCCGUUAAGUACGCCGCCCCAGCCUACGCCGCCCAUUACGCCGCCCCGGCCGUGCACUAUCCCGCUGCUGCCCACUACGCUGCUCCAGCCGUCCACUACGGAGCUCCGGCCGCCUAUGCUGCUCCCGCCGUCCACUACGCCGCUCACGCCCCGAUUGUUAAGGCUGCGUACCCGGCUGCCUAUCCAGCUGCCUAUGCGGCCGCUCCGCUUGCCUACAAAGCUCCACUGGCCGCUCCUGUAGCCGCCGUCCAUGGUGGUGCCGUUGUACAGUUCGCUGGACUUGGUGCUAGCUACGCCUGGUAAAUGGGCCUUCGGCAACUCCUAACCCGACUGAUCGUCUCACAUCCACGCAAUUCCAUCCACGUCACUGGACCAUCAGACAACGACGAAUAUGAAUAUGAAACACCAAUGUAAUCGUGUCAAAUCAACAGCACUUGCAGCAACAGAACAAACAGAGGAAAGGCAUCGGUUAAAGCAUCACUCCACCUCGACAUAUUCCGGUACUCUUCCUCUGGAGCUGGAGCGUGUCAUUGCGCAGAACCAUUAAAGGAUAAGAAGAUUGGAAAGAAUAAAUAGUAGUAGUCCGUAGUGGCGAUCGUUUGAUUGGCACGAAA